UACACACUUAAUUGUUUGAGAAAGAUUGGAGAUGUUUAAAUCAGACGUAUGAACUUUAUGGAGUAACGCUUUCAGACGCGGAGUACGAAAUGGGCUUUUGAUAAUAAACAAGUGAUCUUAAAUUCAGAUGACAAUGCGUUCGGACCUGUACACGAAAGCUGUUGAAGAAAAUGUUUUGAAAAGCGGUAUAUAUGCGGUAUAUAUGCGGUAUAUAUAAUACAGAAUGUUGAGAUUGUAUAGAAGUGUGUUUAUUAAAUAUGGCUACUUGCUGUGCUUAGCUCAGUAAGAUCUAGGUAGAAAUAGAAAGUUUGACAUCAAACAUACGGUUCAGUGUGCCUGUGAGAUUGCGUUCGGGUUAAGGACAGCACAGUACUUGAUAACAGUCUGCGCCGAAGUGGAUCAUAUUUAUCUCACCACGAGUUCAUGUUAACCGUAGGGAAGAAGUUUGAAUAAAACAUUUUGUUAACACAAAAUGUUGUGGAACGGUCUAUCAUAUUGGAAAGGCCUUUAAAUUGCUUUAUAACGCUUAUCAUAAUUAUAUAAACAAGAUAUAAACUAGAUCAAGUGAGUGUGUGUGCAAUUUUAAACAGUCAAGUGAAGGCCUUGUUAGUUUCGUUUUAUCGCAAAGUGUAGAGACUCGAGUCGUCUUAUCAGUGAAUGAGUCGAUGGUUUAUGGCAGGAAUUUGGAAUAAUUGCGUCUCCAAGGUCCUUAAGAUCCACAUAAGAUUUAUAAUGUGCGUCUAGUUUUUAGUUUGUGUGUGUUUAGAGAUAUAAAUGAAUCAUGAAACGUAGAAAGUGAGCAUGGCGCACGUGUUUUCGCGGUCGAAUUUUAUUAGGAUUAGUACUUGUUGAAUGUUUUAUGUGUAAUGACAACUGUUGUUGUUUACCGGUGACAAAAAUGUAUAUUUUUUAUAAUUUGAAGGUAGCUUUGAAACUUGUACGUUGAGACUGUCUUUGUGUUGGAUUUAAACGGCGCCUACAAGUGAAGAAUAGUUUUAUCGUACGUUAGUCAACCUGUUUCGGACAUGGGGACUAAGAAAGAAACCGGUUAUUGUGCAAUUCAUUGUGGAAAGACAUGGUUGAUUAUGACUCGAUUAGUGUUAUUAUUGGUCUCCAGCGUGUGUGCAGAGAAGAUCCCGCUGCCCAACUUCCAAGAUCUCCGAUCCAACUACCCGGGCUACAAGCAUCAUGGCGGAGUAUACAGUAAGCCCGAGCUACUUGGCCACCUUGCCCUUCACAACGCCAGUGACCUACUUAUAAACGACACAAGCGCCUUACGAUUGUCUUACAGUCUGAAUCACAUUGGCGGGGUUCAUUCGCUAGGCACGGAGCUAAUUCGACUGUCUAAGUUCGGACAUGAUAGUGUUCAAGGCCAAAAUAAAAUGCAAUAUAUUUACCUUCCAAUUGCGUUUGGACCAUAUUUGGCUGACAAGUACGGUUACCCAAAUAUAUCAAAACUGCAUAUGACUGAUCCGUCGCAGACCAAACACUCGUUUUGGGGACAGCAAGGCAUUCUAAGGGUCAUUACUUACACUGAACAUGGAAGUCGACCAAAAGGUCACGUUGCAUUGUGGGAUUGUAACCAUUUCCACCAAUCAAAAGACUGGAUUGCUGAACAUAAUCUUCUCACUGUGGAAUUCUGGGCUUCACCAGAUUCGGCAUGCAAAGAAGCUGACCUGGAUUACAACAAAUCAAAAUCUGUGUUGCAAGAUGCUAGUGUCCAAUCGGAUUCAGCGUUACAAGCCCACCAUCAGAGACACGAGGCUAUACCACAAAAUGUUCGACAUCGGGCUCGUAAAUUGCGAAAACAACAACGCAGGCACUGAAAAAAAUAAUUGUUUCUAACAAAAAGUAUUGUUGAUUACAAGUUACGUCUUCCAUGCACAUGAAACACUGCGCUCUUUAUUUGACGAUUUGAAUGCUUGUUGUUACGUUACAGAGUUCGCAUUCACUAAAGUUGUGUGAAGCAAAAAAAACAGGGACGUUACAUAACCAUUUGGCGGAUCGGUCUCCUCUAGACCGUGUAUAUGUUUGCGAAAGAAAGGAUAGAUGUUCAAGGGAGAGUGCAUUUUCUAAUCAUGCUCUACUGUGUAUUCAUUUUGACUCGUGCAAGUCGCAUACAGCUUGCAUAUCUAAUAAUGGAAUAUGCUCGUCUGCUGUAUGUACCAUACAGAGUAUCUCUUGCUAGACUUAAAAGUUGAUCACAUGUGCGUUCAGUUAAAUUAUGUUGCAUAGUGUGCAAUGAAUAUAUAUGUAGCUUGGAUUGUUUUAUCAACUCAAAUGUUACAAAAAUAGUUGUCAUGGGCAAGUUUAUAUGCAUUUAAAAUACUUUUCAACGUAGGGAGUGAACCGUUGUGUUUGUUUCUAAUCUCAUUUUCGUUUCAUUAUGGAAGUACCACUGUAAUGUUAAAUUCACAUUCAAACAUGCCUCUAGUCAAAUUUGAAAAAUGUGGAAUAUGUUAAAUUUAAUUCUUAGAUAUUCGCAUGUGUUUGUAUUAGAUUUAUGCAAAUGAUUGUUUAUAUUUCAUGCUGUCGAAUAUUAAGUGCUAUAUUUA